GUCCGAACGUUUCACAUUCAGACGGUGUACACAAAGAGUGGGGAGCCUGACCACGACGCCAGAGGUUGUAGAUUGAAGUGGACUAAUUUCCGGGGUUUCGGAAACGCUGCCAUGAGUCUUCCGUUUUACAGUCCUGUAACCUGUGAUUUAGAAACUGAUGUUGCCUUGCGUUGUUUCUUCGAUGACUUGGAGAGAACAGUGUCGCCAGACAAGUGUAAGGACGUGUCGUUCGGUCGUCCCAUUUCCUUGCCCAUUGCCGCAGUCGGUAUUGAGCCCAUCAGGACUCAAACUUCCGAAACAGCGCUGACUAAUGAGGGUACAAUGACGAGGACAUCUGUUGAACUUUUAGACCCUAAUUUCGUUCCCCCGCAGCCGGAACACUCUCAAGCGUAUGAAGAGUCGAAGCCUGAAAUUGAAGUUGUUGAGGGUGUAGUAAAGAAGACCCCUGCCGGAAAGGGGGGUAGAGGUGAAUCAAAGGCAGAACAUUUGAAGAGGAAGACAGUCACCAUCCGGGAAGGUGGUGGAGCUGAAUCAGAGGCUCUGGUGCGCCGACUGAUUGUUGAGGCUGGUGGUGACGGAAAGGGGAAGCAUCCCUUACCGCCCGGGAAGGACGUGGAAGAGGAAGUCUCUGACGAAGAGGGGGGGGGCGAUGAGGAUACCCAGGUUGUGUCGGCAAGGGAGAAACGAGUUGGGAAAGGGUCUGCCGAAGGGGGAAAGCAAAAAAAGAGAAAGGUGAGUAGUGCCCAGGGAGCCGGGGUGAAGAGAAAGUCGACGGAAGGGGGUAAAGAGACUAAGAAAAAGAAACGCCAAGGUGCAACCGGAAAGGGAUCGACGAAAGCGAGGAAGGACAAGGACCAGGUGGAGGGAGAGGAGGGGGGUGGUUCGAUCGAUAGAAUUAUCGAUUUGGAUGCAGGUUACUUUCAGGAGUGGAAAACGGGUGUGAAGAAGAAUGUAACUCUUCUCGUUAACCCGGAUAGGGUCAUUCCGUUGCCGCUGUGGGAAGAGCCGUACAAUCACCGUUCCAUAGGCGACACCCACGUGGAGUUUAUUUUAAAGGUCAUGCUGAAUGCCUACUUGAAGCCAAACCACACCUACGAGAAGCCAAUCGAAGGGGGAGGUGUUUGUCAUCCGCUGAGUGAUGACAUUGCCCGAAAGCUUUUCCACGAUGAUGAAGACCUUGCUGCCACAACAGCUGUGGUAGAAUCCUAUCCAGGCAAGACUGAGGGUGGUGGGACAACUCUGGUGGAACUGUCUCUCGAUGAGGAUGUUAGACAACGACGUGUCGAUUCUCUUAGUCCCUCUGCUGAAGAGGUCGUUCGAAUCGUGGACGCUGACCUCGACGACUUGUCCAAGUUCCCAACCCGUCUGGACCUCGUUGUUGCAUCGGGGAAGAUCAAAGGAGAAGGGGUAGUGCUAGGUCUGAAAGCCAGCUGCGCACACGAGGAGGUGCCAAAAGUUCAAGACGACGAGGACCAUGAUGGUGGACAUGCUCGAGAAGAAGCUAUGACCGGAGGAGGUGGAGGUCCCGAUGAGGAGGAGGAGGAGGUAGAGGUCCCGACAAUAGAGGAGGAGGAGGAGGAGGAUGAUGAUGAUGAUGAUGAUGAUGAUGAUGAUGAUGAUGAUGAGGAGGAGGAGGAGGAGGAGGAGGAGGAGGUCCCGACGAGGAGGAGGAGGAGGUCCCGACAAGGAGGAGGAGGAGGUCCCGACAAGGAGGAGGAGGAGGUCCCGAGGAGGAGGAGGAGGUCCCGACGAGGAGGAGGAGGUCCUGACGAGGAGGAGGAGGAGGUUCCAACGAGGAUGAGGAGGUCCCGACGAGGAGGAGGAGUAGUAGGAGGAGGAGGAGAAGGAGGUCCCAACGAGGAGGAAGAGGAGGUCCCGACGAGGAGGAGGAGGAGGCCCCGACGAGUAGGAGGUCCUGAUGGUGGAGGAGGAGGAGGUCCCGACGAUGGAGGAGGAAGAGGAGGAGGAGGAGCAACAGGAGGAGAUGGUAGAGGAGGGGGAAGAGGAGGGGGAAGAGGAGGAGGAGGAGGUCCCGAGAAUGGAGGAAGAGGAGGAGGAAGAGGAGGAGGAGGAAGAGGAGGAGGAAGAGGAGGAGGAAGAGGAGGAGGAGGAGGAGGAGGAGGAGGAGGUCCCAACGAUGGAGGAGGAGGAGGACGAGAGGAGGAGGAGGAGGAGAGGAGGAGGAGGAGAAGGUCCCAGCGAUGGAGGAUGAGGAGGAAGAGGAGGAGGAGGAGGAGGAUGACGAAGGGAAGGAAACUCACCUCGCGCCGGCGGGCGAUGGCGCGUGGGUUGCGAGCGUUAGGCGUCGGAGCUCGGCAAACUGCAACGCCGAACUCCGCCGACGGGGCAUGGCGAAGUCGCGCAUGAGGUGUGGCUGCAGCGGGUCCAAAUUCGAAUUUAAUUCGACCCAAUCCGGGCCGUCGAUAUCAAAGAUCUGACGUCCCAGAUCGGGCCUUUUUCGUUUUCGGAUUCCGAGGCCCUACCGGCCUCGAAAAAAAAUUCCCUUGCCCCCCCCCGCUUCGUCUCUGCCCGUGUCCCACCUUCAAGGUGCGCCCCCCCACGUAGAAGCGCCCCUCACAUUUUCCCACCGAUCGGACGGAGGGCCCCGGGAAAACGUCUGCCCAACUAUCCGACCGAACAGUUCCGGACGGUCAGGGGGGGGUCCGGACGUCCGAUUGGGCCACCUAGGAACAAAGCAAAUUCCGAGAG